AUGAGAGCACCCCACGCUUUGGAAGUUGAAGAGUUCUGGUGCAUUUCUGCGGUUAUAUCGUUUCAGGAAGAGGGAGGGUGGACGGCGAGCACUGGGUGCCCGGUCGGUGCGGCCCACUCGUCAACGCCUCUUGGAUUGGCCAGCUCCCGAACUGAUCCGCUUCACGUCGGCGUGAUCCAAAGCGAAUCAAUCGACGAAUACUCACUUCGGGAGUCAGGCGUGCCCACCAGAUCGAGGACUCUUCAUGCGGCUCGAGUUCCGGCCAAGUCGUCCGGCCAAGAGAAGUCAAAGAAUAGAGUGUUUUUAGUUCUCUCCCUCAAGGAAUGCCAUCUGCUCUUUUCCCGAAUUCUCCGACACGAUUUGAGACAUGUAUCCCCAGCCCUGACUUCGGAACAGCUCUCUUUUGUCCCGUCGUUAUGUUUAGCCAAACUCUUUAAGUCCACAAAUUCCUCGAACUCGUCGCUAGACAGCCUCGAGCCUAAUCUACCUCAGCACCAGCCCCGAGUUCUCACAGACAGCCUCUGUCGACUCGUCUCCAGUUGCUCCUUUCAAGAUUCGCUGACCAUGUUUUUAGCGUCUUUUGUCUCUGCGGUGCUAACCGAUCACGUUUGGGCUGCCUGGCCAACACAAAAGUUGCAUUAG